GAAAAAUAAUAAUACUCCCAAAAAUUACACCCUAAAUCAGACCUGGAACCAGAGUCUUUCCCCUCUCUCUCUCCUCUUGAUCGAUCGAAACAAAGAAGACGAAGAAGAAGUAAGAAUCUACUCAUUUGGAUUUGAAUCCCUUCCCUUCCCUCCCACCACUGUGAUCCAUCUCAGAGAUGAAAGAAGGUAGAGAUGGUUCAAAAUCAACAUCUGUUAGCUCGUUACCACUUAUUCUCGACAUCGAUGAUUUCAAGGGUGAUUUUUCGUUUGAUGCAUUAUUUGGGAACUUGGUGAAUGAGUUACUUCCUUCAUUUCAAGAAGAAGAAACUGAUUCAUCUGAAGGUGGAGGAAUACAUGAUGGUUUACCGAAUGGACAUUCAAGAAUACCAUCUGAUGCUGCCGCGAAAGCAGCAGCACAAGGAGGUGCAGGACUUACGACGAGUCCGUUGUUUCCUGAAGUUGAUGCUCUUUUGAAUUUGUUUAAGGAUUCUUGUAGGGAGUUGAUUGAUCUGAGACAGCAGGUUGAUUCGAAACUGUUGAAUCUGAAGAAAGAGGUUUCUGUUCAGGACUCUAAGCAUCGAAAGACACUAUCUGAGCUCGAGAAAGGUGUAGAUGGCCUAUUUGAUAGCUUUGCAAGGCUGGACUCACGUAUAUCUAGUGUUGGACAAACUGCUGCAAAGAUCGGAGAUCAUCUGCAGAGUGCAGAUUCUCAAAGAGAAACUGCUAGUCAGACGAUCGAGCUUAUAAAGUACUUGAUGGAGUUUAACAGCAGCCCGGGCGACCUAAUAGAACUUUCGCCUCUAUUCUCUGAUGACAGCCGUGUUGCUGAGGCGGCUUCAGCUGCACAAAAACUGCGGGCAUUUGCUGAGGAGGAUAUAGGAAGACAUGGUAUGUCUGUACCUUCUGGUAUGGGAAAUGCAACUGCAAGCAGAGGUUUAGAAGUUGCAGUUGCGAAUCUGCAAGACUACUGUAAUGGUAGGUUUUGGGCCUUUUGGCGUCUCCACUGUUUCUCCUUUAGUUUGUCAGCUCCUAUCAAGGUUACAUAUAUAUGCUUUGUAUAUUUCUGUCCUUGUUUAGAACUCGAGAAUAGGUUGUUAUCUCGGUUUGACGCAGCAUCACAAAGACGAGAAUUAUCAACAAUGUCAGAAUGUGCUAAAAUUCUGUCUCAGUUUAACAGGGGUACAAGUGCCAUGCAACAUUAUGUUCGAACUCGACCAAUGUUUAUGGAUGCGGAGGUAAUGAAUGCGGACACCAUGUUGGUUCUUGGUGAUCAGGGCUCACAAGUUAGUCCGAGUGAUGUUUCACGCGGACUUGCUUCCUUAUACAAAGAAAUAACAGAUACUGUGAGGAAAGAAGCUGCGACAAUAAUGGCCGUCUUUCCUUCUCCUAACGAUGUCAUGGCUAUCCUCGUGCAGCGAGUUUUGGAAGAGCGAGUGACAGCACUUCUGGAUAAGCUUUUAGUGAAGCCAUCUCUUGUGAACUUGCCUCCAGUUGAUCAAGGCGGACUUCUAUUAUACCUUAGAAUUUUGGCGGUGGCAUAUGAGAAGACACGAGAACUUGCAAGGGACCUGCGGGCAGUGGGAUGUGGUGACUUGGAUGUAGAGGGUCUCACUGAAUCCCUGUUUGUUGCUCACAAAGACGAGUAUCCUGAACAUGAGCAAGCAUCCCUUAGACAACUCUUUAAUGCAAAGAUGGAAGAAUUGCGAGCUGAAAGCCAAACUGAAUCAAGUGGUACAAUUGGACGCUCAAGAGGAGCUUCAGUGGCAUCUUCCCAACAGCAGAUAUCAGUCACGGUAGUGACAGAGUUUGUGCGCUGGAAUGAGGAGGCGAUUUCUAGAUGCACUUUAUUUUCAUCUCUACCUGCUACACUUGCAUCCAAUGUCAAAGCAGUGUUCACUUGCUUGCUGGACCAUGUUAGUCAAUAUAUCACUGAAGGGCUCGAACGGGCAAGAGACAGUCUUAACGAAGCUGCAGCGUUGAGGGAAAGAUUUGUGCUUGGCACUAGUGUCAGUAGAAGAGUGGCUGCUGCAGCUGCAUCUGCUGCUGAAGCCGCUGCUGCUGCAGGUGAAAGCAGUUUCAGAUCUUUCAUGGUUGCCGUACAGCGUUGUGCUAGCAGUGUGGCAAUAGUUCAACAGUAUUUUACCAACUCUAUUUCUCGGCUCUUACUUCCUGUGGACGGUGCACAUGCUGCAUCUUGUGAAGAAAUGGCAACAGCUAUGUCCAGUGCUGAAGGUGCUGCUUAUAAAGGACUUCAGCAGUGCAUUGAAACAGUUAUGGCUGAGGUGGAGCGGUUACUCUCUGCUGAACAGAAGCCCACAGAUUAUCGAUCACCUGAAGAUGGAAUGGCUCCUGAUCACCGUCCAACAACUGCCUGUACGAGAGUUGUUGCGUACCUCUCUCGUGUGCUUGAGGUUUCAUUCACUGCUCUUGAAGGUCUAAACAAGCAAGCUUUUUUGACAGAAUUGGGAACUCGGUUGCACAAAGGACUGCUUAGCCAUUGGCAGAAGUACACAUUUAACCCCAGUGGUGGGCUGCGGCUAAAACGUGACAUAACAGAGUACGGAGAAUAUGUGCGCAGCUUCAAUGCUCCAUCUGUUGAUGAGAAGUUUGAAUUGUUGGGCAUCAUGGCCAAUGUCUUCAUUGUUGCACCUGAAAGUCUUGCCACUUUGUUUGAGGGAACCCCAAGUAUCCGAAAGGAUGCACAAAGGUUCAUUCAGCUCAGAGAAGAUUAUAAAUCUGCAAAGCUUGCAUCCAGGCUCAGUUCCUUGUGGCAAAGUUCUAGUUAAUACAAAAGUACUUGUAUGGUGUCAUGUAACUAAUGCAAUGGGGGAUCUUCUGGAAGACAACAAUUUUUUCUAUCACUGGAUAAACAUCAGGAGGAACCAAGCAAUUGCAGAAGGAAGAAAAAGAUUCCUAAGAUGACAACACAGAGUCGGUAGGCUUAGGUUACUAUUUUUUUUUAAAGUUAAUGGUGUCGUAUGCCUGUAAUCUUCUUUUGCCCCCAGUUAAACUACAUUUUUUUGUUUUUCUGGUCUUGUUGUAUCAUGUGUGAGUGAGUAUAUACAAAUGGACAUCUGUAACCUGGAAAUGGUUUUGACUGCUAACCCCUUUAGAUAGUCGUUUGGGUUGCUUCUGAAA